GUCUCUCUGCGCGGCAAGUCUGUUGUUAUGACGCCAUUGUUUUGUCCGUUGUUUUGUCCACAGCGUGUGAAUAUUAAUUUGUCGGGUGAUUAGUGCGAUUUUAGGAGAUGGAAGUGCAAUUAUGAACAUUUACGAGUGAGAAAGGCUUUAAGAAUAUCAGAGAUCACUUCCUCGCGAGUGAAACCGUAUUUUUUUAUUACGAUGUGUGGAAAGAAAUAUUUUGUGCACACGGAGCGUGUGGAAAAUUUUAUUUUAUGCACAAGAGGCUGGUUUAAUAUCAUUUGAUCCAGUAAACCGGGAGUCUAAUCCCACUUCGCUUGAAUGAAUGGCUUAAAAUGUGUGUGUCCAGGGUUUUGUCAUGAUGAUAAUGAUUAUUGCUAUUAUUCACAAUCAUCAUCAACACGCGUCCAAUCGUGUCGAUUAUCGAUGAAUAUAGCAAUCAACAUCGUCGACAGUUAUGGCAGUGUUACCCCUGGAUGGACGACCAGCGGUGGACGAUUGUCUCAUUGGGAACGAUUAAUGGUAUUUGCUUCAAUCGAGGUUCGCGACGUCACUCGACGCCCUCGACUCAAAUUACGUCAGAGAUUCCACGCAGCUGAUCCCGGGAAAAAUCAUCCAGAAGUUGCAAUAUCUGUUGCAUUUCGCCAGAAGCAUCCAACCACGGUAUUGAGUCCCUCAAAACCCACUGGAGUGAGGAGGUGUAGUAGAAAAAGAUGGAGGUGGAUGCGGAUUAACGAACGCUCGGCUACUGCUCCGAGGCGCAUACGUUUACAAAAGAAGAAGAAGUGGAGGAAGAGGACUCCAAAGGAAGGGAGAGGGGUGAGGAUACACGUUCAUGCGAGGAACUCGCCGCAGGUGGGACCAUUCUGCCCCGUAGACACGCUUAACCCUUUCCACACGAACGUUGAUUCUCUGUCUUACUUGAGGGAGAUGAAAAAAAAAAAACCCCAAGCACUUGGGGCCCCAUGGUAAUCUGGUAUCCAUGGUUAGUCAGCAAACUGGCGUCUAGACGGUGGGGGGAUUUGUGUUGGAUUUAUUUGUGACUGGGGAAUCGUUACCACCUGUUGCCUCCCACAUACGAGUGGAGAGGGAAUCUAGGGAGCUUGACACGUCUUGUUGUUUGAAAAUGUUAUCGCAAAUUGUUAUUUCAAGUUUGACGAAAAUUUCAAUGGGAAAUUUCUAAAAACUGGCAACCGAAAUUCAAAUCUCGC